CGCAAACACGACACUAUUCUAUUAUAUUCACACCAAGCGUUGAAGGAAACAUGGCAUUGCGCAGAGCUGCAGGCGUCAUAUGAAAAGGCUCCAACCCGAAUCUACUGGCAAGCACGACUGGUUCUGCGUCGAGGUGGUGGUAACAGCGCCAUGACUGGGCAUGGCCUCGCAGCAGGCAUCUCGUGGACCGAAGUACCUACCCACCUCCUACAUGCUGAACUGCGCCGGCGACAGCAACAGCAACAACAGGAGCGGCCGACUUGCGGGACCAAAGGCAACCAUGGAAAAUACAACACGCCCUUGCACGUCUUCGCACUGUUUUUGAUCCUAGCCUUGAGCACCGCGGCUUGCUCCUUCCCAAUCGUCGUCAAGCGCUUCCCUGGCGUCCCUGUGCCGCACCAAUUCCUCUUCCUCUCAAGACACUUCGGUACCGGUGUUCUUAUAGCGACCGCCUUUGUUCACCUCCUCCCUACAGCCUUCGAGUCUCUCACCGACCCAUGCCUACCUCAUUUCUGGAACAAAGGCUACUCGGCCAUGCCGGGCUUCAUAGCCAUGACGUCCGUCUUCGUGGUUGUGGGCAUUGAGAUGUUCUUCGCAUCAAGAGGCGCUGGACAUGUGCAUUCGACCGACUAUGAGUCUUUGGGAGCAAACACACGUCCACCUCACAAACGGAGCCACAGCUUCGGGAGAUACAGCAACGGCACCACAAGACCCAACGGCCUUGUUCCGCCCGUCAUGCUACAUGACUUGGAGUCCUCGGCCAAUCUGAUGGCAGGUCGAUCACCUUCCCUGUCGCUCAACUCGCCUGCGACGCCGAUUGCGCCUAGCAGCCGCAUAAUGCGGGAUUCCUUGGACGAUGACGAUGAAGAUGACUCAGACCUCGACAUCAGGCCAGACGAACUCGGGCCUCAAGACGCCGACGACUCGGAAGACGAGUCGCGUCUGCUAUCGGAUCCAAACUCCCGCAAGCAACCCCACCAUCCCCACGGCGACUCCACAGGGGCUUCUGAAAAGACGGAGGCACAGAAUAAGAAACAGCUACUGCAGUGUCUCUUACUCGAGGCCGGGAUCCUCUUCCAUAGCGUCUUCAUCGGCAUGGCUUUGUCAGUGGCCACAGGGACAUCAUUCGUUGUUCUUCUCGUAGCCAUCUCCUUUCAUCAAACCUUCGAAGGCUUCGCGCUCGGAUCAAGAAUUAGCGCUGUUCGUUUCCCGGCUGGCUCUCCGAAACCUUGGUUGAUGGCCCUUGCUUACGGGACCACUACACCGAUCGGGCAAGCAAUUGGUCUGGCCAUACACACGUUAUACGAUCCCGCAAGUCAAGCUGGCUUACUUACCGUAGGGUUCAUGAACGCCAUCUCGAGCGGGCUGCUCCUAUUCGCUGGCUUGGUGGAGCUACUUGCUGAAGAUUUCCUGAGCGACGAGAGCUAUGUCACCCUACAGGGAAAGCGACGCUUGCAAGCAUGCGCCAGUGUCGUAGCAGGGGCAUUGUUAAUGGCAUUGGUUGGCGCAUGGGCAUAGAACUUUUGUCAUUUGAGCAUUUCCCGCGGGUUACUUUGCAUCCACAUGGCGCUGUGGCUGAUUGAAUGCAGAUUCUGGCUUC